AUGGCCGAGAACCAGCGCUGGGAGGAUGACCUCGACCGUCGCAUCAGCGCCGCCGAGGUCGACGCCACCAACUACGACGGCCGCGCCUCCCACGAGAUCGAGCGAGUUCUGAGCGCCUCCUCCGUCUCCACCUCGUCCAAUGGCUCCGUCCGGGGCCGCCCUAUCACCUCCGGUGGGAUGAGCAGGGUCUCAACACAACGAGACCUGGAGCGCCACCCCACAGAGCUCGACCGCAUCCACACGGCCAGGAGCCAGCACAGUGCAACCGUCGGCGCCGGCCUGGGGAAGAGCAACACACGCACCCGCGACUCGAGGAGGCCGCUCCCUCCAAUGGGCGCAGGGAAGACCUUGCCCGAGCCUCUGGAUAAUGACCAGUAUGUCGUCGAGUUUGACGGGCCAGACGACCCGCUCCACGCCCAGAAUUGGCCCCUGAGGAAGAAGAUCCUCACGGCAGCAAUGCUCGGCUUCACCACCCUCACAUCCGCCUUCACCUCCAGCAUCUUCUCCGCCGGCACGCGCGCCGUCGCCGCCGAGUUCAACGUGUCCACCGAGGUGGGCAUCCUCGGCGUCUCCUUCUACGUCCUCGGUUUCGCCUUCGGCCCCACCCUGUGGGCGCCGCUUUCCGAGCUCAAGGGCCGCCGCCUGCCACUCGUGCUGUCUAUGUUCGGCUUCUCUAUCUUCACCAUCGCGACCGCUGUGGCCAAGGACCUCCAGACCAUCCUGAUCUGCCGUUUCUUUGCGGGCUUCUUCGGCGCCUGCCCGCUGGCCGUCGUCGCCGCCGUCUUCUCUGACAUGUUCAACAACGCCACCCGAGGCAUCGCCAUCACCAUCUUCUCCAUGGCCGUCUUCACCGGCCCGCUGCUCGCCCCGUUCAUCGGCGGCUUUAUCGUCGAGAGCUACCUCGGCUGGAGGUGGACCAUGUACAUCACGAGCUUCAUGGGCUUCGCGAGCUUCGGUCUUGACCUGCUGUUCCUCGAGGAGACCUACCCGCCGCAGAUUCUGGUCGCCAAGGCCGCCGAGCUGCGCCGCAGGACUCAGAACCACUUCAUACACGCCAAGCAGGAGGAGAUCGAGAUUGAUUUCCGGGAGCUGGUCGAGAAGAACUUUUCGCGUCCUAUGAGGCUGCUUUUCCAGGAGCCGAUCGUGCUCCUUCUCUCCAUUUACAUGUCGUUUGUCUAUGGCAUUCUGUACCUGUUCCUAACAGCCUACCCUCUCGUUUUCGUCGGCGUCCACGGCUUCAAGUCCAGCAGCUCAGGCCUCUGCUUCUUCGGCAUGAUCAUCGGUGAACUUAUCGCCGGAGUCGUCGUCCUGGCCCAGCAGCCCUGGUACCAGCGCAAGCUCACAUCCAACAACGGCAUGCCCAUCCCAGAGUGGCGUCUCCCCUCCGUAAUCGCCGGCGGCGUCGCGUUCAUGGGCGGCAUCUUCUGGUUCGGCUGGACCGGAUACAGGGCCGACAUCCACUGGAUCGUCCCCACGGCCUCCGGGCUCCUGACUGGCUUUGGGCUCAUGUCCAUCUUCCUCCAGAGCAUGAACUACCUAGUUGAUGCGUACCUCUUCUUCGCUGCUUCGGCCAUCGCAGGCAAUACCUUCAUGCGGUCGCUGUGCGGCGCCGGGUUCCCACUCUUCGCGACCUACAUGUUCAACGGCAUGGGCAUCCAGUGGGCCUCCACCCUCCUGGGCUGCGUGGCCGCCGUGCUGGUGCCCAUCCCCGUGGUCUUCUACCUGUACGGCCACAAGAUCCGCGCCAAGAGCAAGAUCGCGCCCUCGUUCCCGGCCCCACCCCAGGCGGACGCCUCGGAGGACGUCGAGUCGGAGAAGGACAAGGAGCGGGCCGGUAAUGAUGCUGUCACGGCGGCUGUGCCGCGGAAGGAUGGCGACAAGGCCACUGAGGCAGUCUAG